GGCUUCAUCGGCGAGCAGUUCGCACCUUCACAAUAGCCGAAGGGUAACGCCGUGAAGACACUGUACCGCAGACUGUGGCACCAACCCAGCGCCGGUGGCGGAUUGCGAAAGCGACGCUUUGGGCGCAUGUUCCUCUCCGUGGUGCGGAGCCUUCCCCUGCUUUCUGCGCAGCUGGAAAGCGGAGGAGGGAGGACUUUUCGCGAGUCGAUACCUCGCUUAUGGACGACGGCGGUCCCCUCUCUCCAAAGGCCAAUGCUUUCAGUAUUGCCUCUCUGAUUUCGAUCGCGGAGCAAGCAGGAAACGCGGCGUCUGACAAACACGGCACCGGCCUGGACAAGCCAGACCUGCGCAACCACUGCUCCUUCGACAUGCACUACAGCACUGUCACCCGGGAAAUGGAAGCCUUCACGACGAGCAGCCUGAACAGCCUCAACACGCCGGGGGGCUACCACCUCUCCCCGUCCCCCGGGGACCCCUACAGCCAACAUGAGCCCCACUUCGAGCCCUGCCCGGCCGCGCAGCACAACUACAACUACCCGGGAUCUAACCCGGGCCAGGCCCCGUCGAGCGACGGCGGGACUCCCAACUGCUCGUCGUCGUCCGCCAACUCCACGCCGAACGGCAAAACUAUAGUGAAGAAGAAUCCCAAGGUGGCCAACAUUAACGUCCAGCUGGAGAUGAAGGCUUUGUGGGACGAGUUCAAUCAGCUGGGCACGGAGAUGAUCGUGACCAAGGCGGGCAGGAGAAUGUUUCCAACUUUUCAAGUGAAAAUAUUCGGGAUGGAUCCCAUGGCUGACUACAUGCUCCUGAUGGACUUCCUGCCUGUAGACGACAAACGUUACAGGUAUGCCUUCCACAGCUCAUCGUGGCUGGUCGCCGGUAAGGCUGACCCCGCCACACCGGGCAGGGUCCACUACCACCCGGACUCUCCGGCCAAAGGCGCGCAGUGGAUGAAGCAGAUUGUCUCUUUCGAUAAACUGAAACUCACCAACAAUCUGCUGGAUGACAACGGACACAUCAUUCUAAACUCCAUGCACCGCUACCAGCCCAGGUUCCACGUGGUCUACGUGGACCCCCGCAAGGACAGCGAGAAGUAUGCCGAGGAGAAUUACAAAACAUUUGUGUUUGAGGAAACGCGCUUCACAGCGGUCACGGCGUACCAGAACCACCGGAUCACGCAGCUGAAGAUAGCCAGCAAUCCCUUUGCAAAGGGCUUCAGGGACUGCGAUCCAGAGGACUGGCCCAGGAAUCACAGACCAGGCUCUCUGCCAAUAAUGAGUGCCUUUGCCAGAACGAGAAACCCAAUGUCAUCUCCUCCUCAGCAGAACGGCACAGAAAAAGAGGACAGUAGGCGGGAGUACGAGCGGGACCCCGGCGGCACGCCCAUGCACGCCGACCCGGCUCACCAGCUGAUGUCGCGGGUCCUCAGCCCCGCCUUGCCCGUCCCGGGAGGCCUCCACGGCGUCUCGCUCUCGAGCGGCCGACCGAGCCCGCCCCACGACCUCCGCCCCGACCCCCACGGCCUGCCUCCGGAUACGCUGCACCACCACCCUUACAAGUACCCCACCACCUACGAACACUACCUGGGAGCCAAGACCAGGCCGUCACCCUACCCUUUGCCCAGCAUCAGAGGACACACGUACCACCACCACAUGAACCCGGCCACAGCCAACAUGUACUCGGCCACCAGUGGCCCCUCUAACUAUGACUACGGGCCCAGAUAAUGA